AUGAUGAUGUACGAAGGAGACUCGAGAAGAUGCCGUCGUUGCAAAAGAAAGAGAAUGGACGAUGAGCCACCAGAAGUCCAGCAAUACAAGACGUGUGCCAAAUGUAGAAUAAUCGAGCGCACUAAAAAGAAGCUGAGAAAGCCCUUGGCUGAGGAAACGAUGAGAUAUGGAAUGCGUCAGUUUCAAGAGCAGAACCAAAAUGCUAAUUUUAUCCACGAUGAUGUCUUUACCGCAGAUCAGCUUUUGUCUGAUAUCCAGGCGAACCGGGACGCCGGUGUGGUCAAUCCACUGAAGCAGCUGUAUAAUGCGCAGUUCUCAGUAUAUAAACAACCAAACGCCGCAUCUCUGGGAUACAACCAACAAGCGUAUGGACAGCAAGGGCUCAACCAGAGUAUUGGGGCUGCUUCGCCAACUUACAACUACCCGCAGAAUUACUCCUACAAUGGUCAGCAAGGUAUGAGCCCAGGCUAUCCUGGAGCCUCAGUCGACCUGUCUGCGUAUCAACUGCCGCUGAUGGGAAACGCCUCUCCUUACAUCAAUAACCCGGUGGCUAUUGCUAGCGCUGCUACUGGUGGCAUGAUGCCAACAAUGGCAGGAUCUAAUGUUGGAAUGCCCACGAAUGGUAAAAACCUACAACACGCUGCUCCUACCUCCACAGCGACUGCUGCUCAGAUCGCAGCCGCUGCAAUAAAUCGCCCAGAUGUGGGUCAACCUAUGGGGUUCAAGCUGCAACAGCAAUAUUACCGUUACUAUCAACAAAAGCAAGGGGACAGGAACAAGACAGCUGGUCCAAGUUCAUGCGAACUAUGUUCUCAGCCGUUGGACUUAGAAGACAAUGUGAGUGCGGUGUACAGACUAUGCAAUUCUUGUUACUCGAACCCUUACAGUCGGCCCCAUGUCUACAGUGAUUUCAACGAUUUUCUUCUUGCGAUGGGAAAUGAUCAACCUGAUGGUACUUUGACUUACAUUUCUGAGCUAGCAUCCUAUUUGGUGGAAUCGCUUAAUUCAAACAAACCCAUCACAUCGGAACAACAGUUUCGUAAGACGAUGCUAGACAGCUUUCGCCUGAUUUAUUUGGACCCUCUUCUUGCCGCGUUGGCCCCAGCAAAGCUUUCCCAGGUUAGUAACAAUAUCACUGAGUUAAACAACACGGUACCGAUAGUAUCAAAAGUGAGCCAACAGAAUCACUACUUGUUGACACCUCCAAUCAAGCAAAAAUUUGCUACCGCCGAUAACAGUAUCACAGUCGAACUCUUGUUUAUCACUGAAACUAACUUAAUCAUCAUAAAAAAAGUGUCCAAGAAAGCAGCCUCCGAGUUCGAUGACGCUUUCGUCACCGGGCUCGAUGAGAAGAUGCGUGUCAAAGGAUUAACAUUCGAGGAUGACCCCUCCAAAGUCUACAACGCAUUAGGUCUCACUAUUGACUUUGAGCUGUUUGCCAGAAGUUUCAAAAAUCUUGAAAAAUCCGUCGCCAGCAUCCGCUCGAAAGAAAUCUCAGCUAAGGUGAAUCCCGAAGCAACCACCAAUGGUACUAGUGAGCGGAAAACAGAUGAGGAGCAUGGUCACAGUGAAAAGGAAGACAACGAAAGCGAUAACGCCCAAUCAGCAGGUUCCGAAGAAUCACACAAAGAUGAAUCCGAACAGGAUAAGAAAAAGGAAGCUAAUGGUGCAGAGGACUCAGAAAUACCGGCUGAGCGCAAGGAGGUGGAUCCUACUUUUAAAGCCUAA